CUUUGAUAUAAAUCGUAAACUACUCAAUGUUCGGUAAAAAUCACUAGUGAUUUGAGAUAAAUUGUAAGUGAAAAUGAUCACAAGAAUAAAUCAAUUGCUCGGGUGUAACGAGAACUUUCAUUGAAUUUAAAAAAGUUACAAAAAAAAAAAAAAAAUUGUCAUCCACAAAAAAAUAAAGCAACAUGGAAACGUUUUAGUUUCAAAGUUGAUUCGCUUGCUACCAAUUAAAUUACAGUGCUCGGUUAAAUUUUCCUGCUUGUAAUACCAAUUUGUACACGAUGAGGUAAAUCGUCCAUUAAUCCAUCCUCGGCACUAGUGUUCGAUCCAACGCAGCACAGUUAUAGUAAACUCCAACGGCGGAAAUAGCUAAAAGGACAAAAACGACAGUUCCGCAUUGACAAACGACGAUCGGUAUCACGGGCAGUCCUGCAUGCAUACGCAGCAGCAGCGCCGGCCGUUUGCCCGUCACCUCUACCACGACCCCCACCCCCGCGAUGACACGCGAAUCCUGAGCCCCGGGCCCGCCAGCCGUGGAACCGCGAGAUGCAGCUGGAGCGGCAAGCGAUGCUGCUGCAGCAGAGCGACAACGGCACGGCGAUCGAGGGGGACAUCGUCAUCGACGGCGCGACCGGCACCGACACCGAAGCGGCCGAGCUCGACCGGGUCGUCCAAAAGUACGUGAGCAUCAUCGUGCCGAUAAUGUUCGGCCUGAUCGGCUUCGUCGGGCUGAUCGGCAACAGCCUCGUCGUCGCCGUGGUCGCCUUCAACACCAGCAUGCGCUCCACCACCAACAUACUCAUCAUCAAUCUGGCCGUGGCCGAUUUGCUCUUCGUCAUGUUUUGCAUACCCUUCACGGGCACGGACUUUGUUCUGCCGUACUGGCCCUUCGGCAACGUGUGGUGCAAGUGCGUGCAGUAUCUCAUUAUCGUCACCGCCUGCGCGAGCGUCUACACCCUCGUGCUCAUGAGCUUCGACAGGUACCUGGCGGUCGUGCACCCGGUGAGCUCGAGGGCCGUGAGGACGGAGGGCCACGCGAUCGUCGCCAUCUGCAUCGUCUGGUUCAUCAUCCUCACCGUGUCGAUACCCGUGUUCAUGAUCCACGGCGAGGUCAGCGAGGCCUACAGCCAGCCCGAGUUGUCUGAGGCGAGGAACGGCACACUGUUGUCCGACAGCGGGAGGGUGGUGGCGCCUACGCCCACGAGGCCGGCGAGGAUCAACAGCAGCAACAGCGUGGCUCCGCUCGAGCUCAAGCUUAUCACGGCCUGUCGGAUCCUCGACGAGAGGGACUGGCCGGUUUUCCAGUGGAUAUUCUUUCUGGCCAGCUACUUGGUGCCCCUGCUGCUCAUCGGCGGCCUGUACCUGGGUAUGCUGAUGAGGCUGUGGCAGGCGCCGAGGAUCAGCGCGGACGGGCUCAGGGGCCGGAAGCGGGUCACCCGCCUCGUCGCCGUUGUCGUUGGCGUGUUCGCCUUCAGCUGGGCCCCCAUUCAGAUCGUCCUCGUGUGCAAGUCGCUGGAAGUCUACCCGCACAACACGGCGACCAUAUGGUUCCAGAUAUUCGGGCACGUGCUCGCGUACGCCAACAGCUGCGUCAAUCCCAUACUGUACGCCUUUUUGAGCGAGAACUUUCGCAAGGCGUUCUGGAAGGCCAUGUACUGCCGCGACACCACCAACCAGGACCAGCACAACCAUCUACAGACCAGGACCACGCGGAUACCCAGCUCCGGGCAGAUCAUCUAGGUGUUGGCGAGACUCCUGAUUCGCGGCCGUCCAAAGUACAGCAAGGGUUCCCGGGAGUAGGGAGGAGAGCCGACACGAAGACGCCAAGGGGGAAACUCGUCGUCGAGGCUCGAGAGGUGAAUGGAAUCGAGAAACACCUACCUAGCAACUGGUGACUACCCACUUGUGGGCAAUACAAGAUGCUCCGUGGGAUCGAUCAAUCGAGAUCGGAAUCUAUAUAUAAAGUGCGCCUACCAGUAGCAUUGAGCUGCAGUGAAGUGCGAGUGUGCAGUGUGUGAGUGUCAUUGUCUUUCGCCUUGUUGGCGGUGGUUGGGUCUCAAGCACUUGACGGGUGUACUGUAUACGCUGCCGGGGAGGGAGAUAACUUGACUUUUUUUUUGUCCAUCUCCGAUACCGGGGGGACUCGUUUGUCAAGGUUUGGCGUUUUUCACGCCCGAGAAACGGACGUUUUUAACGUGUGUCAACUUAUCGAUGUAUAUGAUAAACUACGCUGGACGUGCUGCUGAUGUGCUUAAAUUGAAACGGUACACAUAAAUAGCUAUAAAUAAAUUAUAAAACAAACGAAUACAUGAGGAAAUAUAUUUAAUCAAUUGGUCACGUUUAACCUUGACGGUUGGAAAUUACGACGAGAUCCUUGGCUUUUUUAUUUCAUUUUCUUUUUUUAACGCGGCAAUGAGACAG